AGUGAACUAGUGCAAAACCGUGCACUGUAAAACUACAUGUGCCUGGCUCCCAAUGAUCUCCUAAUCUCUGGGAAUCGCGCGCCGUCCAGGAUUGAGGACGUAUCUGCACCCGAAGCUGACUGCAAGCAAGGUGGAAGUUACACAUGUUCCAGCAGUCACUUAAUGUCUUGACAGCCAGACUGCCUACUCAUCCCCAGAGAGCAGUGUGUGCGCGCUGCCUGCUGGGUCUGUGCAGCUACACUCUCUUAAUAAUGGAUCACCAUCAUGGCAGCAGUUGUAGUGAGCUGACCUUAAGUGCUGCAAAGUGCUGAAAAAACACACGAACCACAACACUGUUUCUGCUGAAAUGGAGAGCGAAAAGAAGAGGAGAAAAUACUCCACGAGCAGCAACGACUCUGACACCACCGACAGUCAGGUGACAUCGUGGUCCAGGUCAUCCAAGAACACAGGCACCAGCAGCACAUGGGUCCGCCACCAGCACAAGAAACCAUCAGAGGUAUUUCGCACAGACUUCAUCACGGCCAUGAAGCUGCCAGACUCCGCCCAGCUCGGCCCGGACGACUUCUACGUGCUCUCAGACCCGUGGAGACAAGAGUGGGAGAAGGGAGUUCAGGUCCCAGCCAGCCUGGAGGCCAUACCAGAGCCUGUGGUCAGGGCAUUGCCAGAAUCAUCAGGUGGUCUGUCCAACAACCGACCGGAGAGGGAGGGCGACACCCAGCACCCCCCCACUCAGCGCUACAGCUGCUACGACCUAGAUGACCUGGAUGUUGCCUGGUUGGAGCUGGUUAACAAUGAGUUCAGACAGAUGGCCUUACCGGAGCUGGACGAGCUGACAAUGGAGUGUGUUCUGGUUGAACUGGAGAGUGUGUGCGAGGAGAAAAUGCGGCAGGCCAUAGAGGCGGAGGAAGGACUGGGCAUCGAGUAUGACGAAGACGUAGUGUGUGACGUCUGCCGCUCGCCAGAGGGAGAGGACGGAAACGAGAUGGUUUUCUGUGAUAAGUGCAACGUCUGCGUUCAUCAGGCGUGUUAUGGCAUCCUGAAGGUACCCCAGGGGAACUGGCUGUGUCGGACCUGCGCUCUGGGCGUCCAGCCCAAAUGUCUGCUUUGCCCCAAGAGAGGGGGGGCCCUCAAGCCCACCCGCAGUGGAACCAAGUGGGUCCACGUCAGUUGUGCCUUAUGGAUCCCUGAGGUCAGUAUAGGCUGUCCAGAGAAGAUGGAGCCCAUUACCAAGGUGUCCCACAUCCCUGCAAGCCGCUGGGCUCUUUCCUGUAGUCUGUGUCGAGAACACACAGGAACCUGCAUACAGUGCUCCAUGCCCUCCUGUAUCGUGGCCUUCCAUGUGACAUGCGCCUUCGACCACGGCUUGGAGAUGAGAACCAUCCUGGCGGAGAAUGAUGAGGUGCGCUUCAAGUCCUUUUGCUUGGAGCACAGCUGCACCACCAACGGCAACAGUACAACCACCAAUGUCACCUCCAGUUUGACCAGUGUAACCAACGGCAAUCACACCACCACUCCCACCACCAAUGGAGCACAUUCAGACAGAUCUGAUUGGACCACUGGAGUCAGUCCUGAGCUCCGGUUGGACCAGCAUCACCAGCCGAAUGGCGGCAGUGACCCAGAGCAGAGGCCUGUGUUGUACCCAGUGUCAGCGGCAGAGCGAACAGAGAGGGACCAGUUGGAAAGAGAGAAGGUGAGCCAGAGGAAGCAGAAGCUACAGGAGCUGGAAGAUGAGUUUUACCGCCUAGUGGAGCCCAGAGAGGUGGCUGAAAACCUGGCACUGCCUGUCUCACAAGUGGACUUUCUAUAUCAGUUCUGGAAGCUGAAGAGGAAGGCCAACUUUAAUCGACCUUUGGUGACGUUGAAGAGGGAUGAAGUGGACAACCUGGCCCAGCAGGAGCAGGACGUCCUAUACAGACGCCUCAAACUCUUCACACACCUCCGACAAGACCUGGAGAGGGUGCGUAACUUGUGCUACAUGGUGACACGAAGGGAGAAAAUGAAACACACCCUGUGCGACCUCCAGGAGAAGAUCUUCCACCUGCAGAUACAACUACUGGAGGAAGACAUCGCAGGAGAGAAAAGCCAGAAGGGAGAAAAGAGGAAGCAGAAUGGAGUAAAGGAGAAAGGGAAGGAGAGGAGGAAGAGUAGUCCUGAGAAGAAAAAGGAGAGGCUGAAGGCAGAGAACGGUUCCCUGCUAAAAGAGCUAGGUUUGUCAAAGUCCUUCCCGCUGGACAACUCUUUGUUCGACAGCUGGCUCGCCCAGUCGGUUCAGAUCACCGCUGAUGACAUGCUGGGUCAGUGGGCUUUGGGUGCUCAGCAUCGGGAUAAGAGUGGUAGCCUGCUCUCUGACCAGCUCCAGCAGGGAGAGGAGAGCCUGCUUAACCUAAUGAUGGAAAACUCCAUGCAAUCCACCUGGAAAACACCCCAGCUAGGUCGUAAACCGCGAGGGACUAGCAAGCCCCGUGCUCGUGGACACCUACAAUCCGCCACCCCCAUCAAACCCCCAACGAUCCUGAAUGCAGGAUCUGCCUCCUCAGUCAGCAGCCCCUCCACUGCAAAGAGCCUCUGGGCAAGUGUGGCGGAGGAGAAGCAAGGCUUUGUAGGCAGGAAAGGGGACAGAUCCAGGGGCUCCUCCAAGGUCCUGCAUCACCACCACCUUCACCACCACCAGACCAGGAGCUCUGAGCUACACAAGGACCCACCGCCUCAGCCUCCCAUUUCUAAAAUGGAUUCCUGUCAUAUUUCAGAGGACCGCGACCGGUGGGACAGCAUUCACAUUGGGAAUGGUGUUUCAUCAGGAGCUGGUUCUGCUUUCACCACAAGCUCAUCUUCACCUCCAGCCUCUAGCCUAGGAUCUACAGUGCCCGACAUCUUUCGUGGUGGGCCUCCACGGCUCCGCCUCUCUCGCCAGGGUAAAUCCAGGGGACGGGGCUUCAGUGGAGGAGGAUUAUCAGGGCUGGAGUCUGUGGACCUGCAACUCACAGGAAAAGACACGUCUCUGCUGGACGCUGCUGAGACCGACGGGUACUACUCUGAUGGCGAGCAGAGUGACACCGACACACGCUCCGGUGGACGCAAACUCCGUUUGCCGCAGUUGCAUUCUGGGAAUGAGGACUUACUGAGAAGGAGCGUGCUGGCAUCCUAAAGAACUGACUGAAUCAAACAGACAGUUAUCCAAACAGAGUCCUACUGGCUAAUUGUUUCUCCAUCUGUGUACACGGUCCACAAAACAUGGCUGGAUGGCUGUGUUCAACCAAAUCCCUUUCACAUUAACCAGAGGGGAAUCUCUUCAGCUCUGACCUGCUUUGUUUUUCAGAUGAAUUUGAAUGUAGCUGUUUGCCUGUCAUUCAGAGACGCUUCUCCUCCAGACCAUAGUUAGCAACCACAAAAUGCUGAACAUUCAACAAAUAGGAAACAAACAUUGCCUUUAGUCUUUUUUUCUGUUUUCUAUUUCAGAUUCAUUUUAUUUCUGGGUGUUAAAGAACCCUUCUCUGGCCUCAUGUCCGUGGUAUCUGCCAGACAUGGGAACAAACACUUUGGGGCAUUAUUAUUACCAUUACUAUUAUUAUUCAAGCUGGUUUCAGGGUCUGCUUUGCUCUUGGCCUUCAUGGUCUUAGAUGCAUCCAAUGAGUCCCUGUUUCCUUGAAUAUUUUCAGUGGAAAGACACUUAAACACCAGUGCUUGUCUGAAUAUGUACAGAGGAUGACAUGGGACCGCAUAUAUUCAGCCUUGAAAAGCACAACUAGCAAGUCAUAAGAGCUGUAAUGUACGCACUUGUGUGGAUAAUAGAUGCUCAUUCAGGGUUGGGGUCAAUUCUCAUCACUCUGACUCAGCUGUAAUGUAUAUUCGCUGAUAAGAUUUUCCACUGUUCAAAGAUCGUACAGAUUUGACCCCAACCCUAGUGCACAUUCAGAUUAUCACACUGACACACAAACAGACACACUGACACACAUACUACUAUAAGCAAAUCCCUUUGGUCACAUAACAACCGUUGUUGAAAUGUUGAUCUGACUUUCGUCAGCUACUUUCAAAUUCUUCCUAAAUCAAAUUUUUGGUUCAAGUCUUUUCAGCCUGACUCUGAAGAAAAUCAUCAUUGAAACUCUGUGCCUUCUGUCGCUUGCCCUGUGCCCCAAAGUCCCCCCGACCCGAAACCUUAUCACUUAACCAAACAAUCAGUAAGAAGAUCAAUCAAUCAUUUAUCAAUCGGACUCGAAACAAUCAAACCAAAAGGAAAUCCCGUUGGAUUGGUUACAGAGUGUAGCCAGCAUUGGGCUCCUUGUCACCUUAACAAUGAUGUAGUGCCUGAAACAAGGAUGUAAAUGCAGCGUUUGCCAUUGAAAUUUAAAAAAAAGCAUCUGCAACAGUAAGCAAAGCAUAGACAUCAUUGCAAAGAGCUGCCUACUGUUCUCUGCCCCCUCGCCCAAAUAGAUCUCUGCAGUCCAGAGCCAUUGAUAAAUAGAGUUUGGACAUGUUACACAGUGACCGCCAUGUUACUGCCUCUUAAUGGGGAGAGAAAAAAGACUGAAACUAAUGCCUUAGCCUGCUCACUGACUCAUAUUUGCUCCAAGUUAUAAAGCUUGGUAGAAAAACAACUUUUUUGAAUUAAUCAGUGUGCUUCAUUAUUUAAAUUUCUCAUACAAAAACAUGGCCAAAUUUGACAUUUUAAGGUCAGGCAAAAAUACACGAGAGCCUCCUUGUUCUCUCAUUUAAAUUCAGCCAAAUAAAAAUGAAGAGGAUGGAAAAACCCUCUGUUUGAGCACCUUAAAAAAAUGCAUAUCCUGGAUGUUCCUGAAACCUUUUUUCCCUUGGUCUUUUUGUCAUGUGUUACAAGCAGUUACCAGCUUAGGCUCGCCACACACUACUUGAUUUUAAGCCCGAUUUGAGGCAAGAUUUACCUCCCCUGACAACCGUAGGGGCAUAUUCUGAGCGGAGCCUCAUUGCAAACGACUUCUUGUCUCAGUAAUCCCCAUGGGUGGUGUCAACACUACUGCUCCAAACCAUGUUGUAGACGUCUCAGAUCCCAAAUUUUAAAUAUCAAACAUGUUUGAUAUUUAUGAUUCUAGGUCAUAGUGCCUCUGACAGAACACCCACAACAACCAAUGAGAGCAAGCAGACAUACUUUAACCACUUACAAACAUAAACCCAACUGUACCGUCAGUCCAGCCAGGAUGAAAUCCUGGUUCUUUUCCUUUUUCAUUAUCUUUUUGUUGCAAAUCUGCCUUACUAUUCAAAGCACUUAAAUUAGUAGAAAUUUUGAGUCAAAUACUGAAAUUUACUCAUCAUUAUAAGAAGACCAAAAAAUAGAUGUAUGGAUGAACUUUAUGUCCACUUAGUACAGCAGUGUCCGAACUAUUCCACUGAGGGCCACAUACAGAAAAGUCUAAGGAGGGUGGGGCCCAUUUCAUAUACCUCACCUUCAUACUGAAGCCAGUAAAGCCAGUCUAAUUUAGAUAAAGAUGUGCUUAAUGAUGGAUAUGCCUAAAUGGCUAGUUAAUAGCUGACAAGUAAAAUAGUCAGAGGCAAGUCAGAUUUCAGGGUAAGACUCCACCCUGGUCAGAAUGGGAAUGACCCUCCUUUCACCAGAGAAUUGGCAGCGUUGUCUGCAGUUUAAGUUGUAAAAAAAAGAACAUCAAUACAUUGUCUUAUCAAAAUGUUUGUUUACAGAAUUAGCACAGCAGCACCACCUAGUGCUAAAACUAAAAUAUACUCUAAUCCAAAUAAAUUCAUACUGACUUCACAAAAAAUAUAUAUUUUUCUGUGUUUCUUAUUGACAGACAAUUGUAGUUUUCCCUUCCCAGAUGAGCCCCUAAGGUAACACAAAACUACUCCUCUGUCAAGAAAGCACAGAUAAAAUAAACAGUCAAGCACAAGCUUCAUGUUCUAUUGUGGGCCAUUUUUCAUUUAUGUUUUAGAAUUUACUGCAGGCCAAUUAAAUAUGGGCCAAGGGCUGCAUUUGGCCCCCAGGCCAUAGCUUGACUACCAUAAAUACUGUAGACAUUAUGCCACAUUUUUUUUCUGGCACACAUCCACGACACACUACUAAGAGCUUUGCAACCCACUUUGAGGUCCCAGCCCACCAGACGAGACCCACCUGUCUACGCGAGGAUUAAAAGAUGAAUAAUGGUUUGAAUUUUUCCUUAUAUCAUUGGUCUCCCAUGUUUUUAAAAUAGUUUAAGAUUUGAAAAUUAUCCAGUGUGUGGCCAGCCUUAGCUGGUAACAAGCAAGCAAAAAGCUCAAUAAUUAUUUAAGGAUUUCUCCACUAUCAGACAUAUUUUGAUUCUUUAUAUCAGGGCACCAGGGUUCCCAUUGAACAGGGCCAUUCCAAGGCAACAGGUAUCGAGACGUUGAAAAUGAUGCUAAACCGUUAUUUUCAGUUUGAGCAGGUACCAACAUGGCUGCCACUUCAGUUUGACGUGGACUAGUUCUAGUAACCGGUGGCUCUGCGUGCUGCACCUGUUCUCCUGUUAGACGAAUGAUGACAAUGUAAUAUUCAGCUUCAGAGGCCUGCGCUCUUCAGUUCUUGAAAUGAGUUGUUUGUAAAUUUGUUUUUUUUUUUAAUGCGUUUUUCUUUGUUGUCCUCUAAGAGAGUUGUAUUUUGUACUUAAAGCAGUCCAUGUUAUUCUCAGGGGUUAAAAACAUUAAAAAAAUGAAUAAAAGAUUGAAAAUGUAAGGAAAAAGUGACACCAGACAUAGAUAAAUAUAUAUAUACAUACAUAUUUUAUAUCAUAUACAGUAUAUAUAAAUAUAAAGUAAUGUGUGUAUGUCUAGAUACUUCCUCAUUUGGCGAGCUUCACUGUUUGAACUCCUACACGACUACUACUGAGCAUGUUUCUUCUCUCAGUAUGGCAAAGCCCUGGGUUCAGUUGGUCCAAACAAUAAUCAAUGCUUAUCUCGUUUCAAAACCUGAAUGCCUGAUCCAUCAGGUUAUAAAUUAGGCUGAAAUGAAGCAUCGAAGGUGAUUUUAAGGGCUGCUUGACCCAGGCCUGAUGAAGCGACACUUAUACAAAUAAGUGUCUGAUUUACUUCCUUUGUUUUCUCUGCACAGACAGCUUCUAAUCUGUCUUCUAAGUGAACACGCCAAAGAACAGAUCUGUGUAUCAAGGCAGCAUAUUUUACAUCUUCUCUACAACAACACACACACAUAACAUGGUCCCUCUCUGGUUUUCUAGGAAAAGAAUGUUAGAUAAGGACAUCACACAACUGUACCAGGUGGUUUAAUUCAAAUCCAAACAUGGCCUGGAUUCUCCCAGAUCUGCAUCCCAGGACAGCUCUUAAAUGCAGAUUCACACAUAUUAACCCCCUUCAGAAAAAGCCAAAUGCUGCUGAACUGAACAGCUCCACACACAUACACACAAAAACACACACACACCAGAGCUGGUAUAACAGGGUUAAUGUAAUGUAUAAGAUGACUAGUUUUUUAUGUAUAUAUGGUCCUGACUGCAUCAGGAAGAAUGAGCUUACUCAGAGGGAAACGCCCCCUAACAGCAGGAAAGUAUUAUUACAGGUGACAGAGAACAACCUCUGCCCUUCAGGUGUAGCCAACGUAGAAGAAACACCUUCUUAGUCCUCCACAAAGUCAGGAAAAUCCCCCUUUUUUAAGGAAGGGUUUUGUGCCCAGGUUUGCAAGGACAGGUGGAGGGAUUUGAACUUCUACGUUGGCCACAGUUAUCACAUCCCCAAUGGAAACUGAUCAUUAAACACAUAGAACAACAGUAACAGCAACAAAGCUUGUGUUUUGAAGUGAGGAUUUUGAGCACAGAAUCCUGCGCUAGGUGGUUGUUAGCACUCAUGUAUUGCUAAGACAGAAAAAUGUAAUCUUGGUUUCAAUAUUCAAUGUUCAGAGUAGCCUGACUUUGUAGACAGUGGUUUUAGACAAGGCCUCUCAUUAACGGCCUUUACAUGUAGUAGCAAAUGCUAAGGCUGCACAGCACUGACAGAAGAAAAAUAGCUCCACUGGGAGAUUUGGAGGUUAAAAUAGGGCAGAUUCUUUCAAACAGCAGCUUACCUGAGAGCAGCACCAUCAUACUAUCUCAGGCAAACUGAAGUUUUUUUUCCUUGAUACUGUGCAGCCUUGGCAUACAUAAACUGGUUAUUAUUCUAUAUUUACAGUGUGGCUUCAAUGCCCUCUCCUUCUGCUCCGUAGAUACUGUAGACUGGGGUCUUUAGCAGGAUCUUUUUUUUUUUUAAUAUCAACUAGAAUACAACUUCAAAACAUCACCAUCCUCCAUGUGGUACGCUGGUGUGGGUGUUGGCUCACGGCCCAAAAUGUGCUCUGAUGAUCUUUGAAUUUUGCAACUGUGUCAGGUCGAAUAUCCGCUUUACAUGAGAUCUAUUUUCAUUCUCCAUCUCUGAUGUUAAUGGUCCGGGCAUUAAAAUGUUUAGCAUGUAGUGUCAGUAGAAGAUGUGGUGGACUGAAGCUAUGUUCUCUUUGGUAAUAUGACCCUUUACUCUGAAUGAUUAACACAUUAUGCAUAACAAAUAAAUAUAUAAUCAAACAGUUCUCAUAAGGAUGAGCUCUGGAACAUGCUGGAAUUGAGAUGAACUCUCAGCACAGAAAUAAGCCAGUAGGCAUUGAGCAUGUAAUUCCAGGUCAGAAAUACACCUACACACAGUGAUGUAUCCCACCUAGACUUCUGCUGAAAAGCUAGUUAAAGGCCAGCACUGAUUGCUGCAGGCAAUUGGAAACUCUCCUGUACUUCACACAGCGGCUGACUGUACAGACACUGUUGUAAAACCCCUUGAAAAGACAUCAGUGCACCAGCAGGGCUGGGUGCCUGAGAACUUCCUCAGCCUAGCAAAGAGCAUGUUUGGAGCUUUUACAUCAGCAGGGAGGCAGGUUAGCACCAUCCGGUGAGUAAAGUGCUGGUAAAUUCUAACAGGCCACUCAGUGCAACAAAACGUCAAAAUUUGUGGUUUGAACAGCAAGGCCGCUAAAUUCCAGGUGUUGCAACUGCUGGAUGAAAAAGUUCAGAAAUGAAAAAGUGAUUGCUAGCCUGAGGUGGCUGGACUGUUCAUUGUUAGUCUGUCUUCCUCUGUGUUUACUCUUUCAUUCAAUAGAAAAGUGGUUUGAGGCUGUCCUUGGGUCAGUAAAGUUUGGUUUGGCAAGUUUUCCAGACUUUUUAUUUGGUUUGAUUUCAUGUCAAAACUCCUCUUAAGGGCACUCUUUUUUUAAUUAAAGCUCAUGUGUAGAUUAAUGACUCCAUGGUGUACAAAUGCAAAAGAUAAUUAGUUUUUUCUAUAUACAUUUUUUCCACAGCGUUUGGGAAAGGGCAGAGGCUUUGAAAAAACUUUCGAGGGUGAUUGGAUAAACGUUCUGUCUGUCACAUCUUUACAGGCCAAUCAGAGCAGCAAAACACGUGACGUAGUGCUACCAAGGUAUAAACUCGAUAUAGAACUGCAUAAAGCAAACCCAUGGCAACUGUAGACAUGUCAGUACGUGACUUUUGUUGUUUUUUUAGAAGACAACAACUCAAUGCUGUUCUUUGUUCUUUUUA